CCGUUCCGACGUCAGGAGGUGCCUGCAUCGAAGGGGAACUAGCCGCUGCCGGAUGUGUCCGUGUCCCCUUCUCCGUCUGCUGAAGCCUGACAGCCCGGUGACCGCCCUGCUGCACCCAGUAAUGUGUGACUGACCUGCGCUGAGAGCACACAGCCAUCUCCUCGACCAGCAGACCACCACUGACAGCAUGGCCCUCAACCUGGGAAAUGGAUCCAAGUCCCCCUCAAAUAACGGCAAGUCACGAAAAGUGGCCCUCGUCACAGGGAUCACCGGACAGGAUGGCUCUUAUUUGGCGGAGUUUCUACUGGAAAAGGGCUACGAGGUGCAUGGCAUUGUGCGUCGAUCAAGCUCUUUCAACACUGGGAGGAUUGAGCAUCUAUACAAGAAUACACAGGCUCACAUAGAAGGAAACAUGAAGUUGCACUAUGGGGAUCUGACUGAUAGUACGUGUCUAGUGAAAAUAAUUAAUCAAGUGAAACCCACUGAAAUCUACAACUUGGGCGCACAGAGCCACGUAAAGAUCUCCUUUGAUCUGGCCGAGUAUACCGCAGAUGUUGACGGCAUUGGCACAUUACGUCUUCUUGAUGCUGUGAAAACCUGUGGCCUUAUUGAAACAGUGAAGUUUUAUCAAGCCUCAACCAGUGAACUUUAUGGAAAAGUCCAGGAAAUUCCACAAAAAGAGACUACUCCAUUUUAUCCUCGCUCUCCAUACGGAGCUGCCAAACUCUAUGCCUACUGGAUUGUGGUGAAUUUUAGAGAAGCCUAUAACCUGUUUGCCGUCAACGGUAUUCUUUUUAACCAUGAAAGCCCACGCAGAGGGGCAAACUUUGUAACCCGAAAAAUUAGCCGUUCAGUAGCUAAGAUUCACCUCGGACAGAUGGAGUGUUUCAGCCUUGGAAAUCUGGAUGCCAAGAGAGAUUGGGGUCAUGCCAAGGACUACGUUGAGGCUAUGUGGUUGAUGUUGCAAACAGAUGAGCCUGAAGACUUUGUGAUAUCUACAGGGGAGGUCCACAGUGUUCGUGAGUUUGUGGAGAAAGCUUUCAAGCACAUUGGGAAAACCAUAAUGUGGGAGGGCAAGGAUGAAAAUGAAGUGGGCCGCUGCAGUGAGACUGGAAAAGUCCAUGUGAAAGUUGAUCACAAGUACUACAGACCCACUGAAGUGGAAUUUCUACAAGGAGACUGCAGCAAGGCUAAGCAGAAGCUAGGCUGGGCAACAAAAGUCACAUUUGAUGAACUGGUAAAAGAGAUGGUAGAAGCAGAUAUUCAUCUGAUGGAAACCAAUCCCAAUGCCUGAAACAGCACUGCCUACUGAACCCUUCAGAAUCAAUUAGGGCAACUUGUUAAACCACUUCAGCCCAUCAUUCUAUAAAUAUAUAUUAAAUGAUAUUUGUUUUCUGACCUGCGUGCAUAUAACUGGUGCACAGUGCUCGCAGUCACACGUGUCCUUUUUGUAUUAUGGGAAAACUUUGUUGGGAUUUUUGUUAUGUUUCCUUUGUUACUGUUUCUUGGGUUUCUUUUCCUCCGCAUUCUGUGCUCAUCUAUUAUGAUAUGAUUAUGAUGGUUCCCGUUUUUUUCUAUCUCUUUCACAUUGGUUCUUUC